AAGCCCUCUAGUGGGAAACUGAGCAACUCGCCGUGAGUCACACAAAAGAGUGACGUCGGAAAGCCCAAGGUAUAAACAGCGGGACGGAAAGCUUGUCUGAUGCCAGCUGGUCUCCCGGAGAUCCGAAGAAACGAGACGGGGGAAUUCAAGGAAAGAAAAAAGGGGGACAUGAAGGAACAAUGGCAGACCACCCUGAGAAUCCUUGGUGCUCUCACGGGACCUCUGCCCUCCAUCCCGCAGUGAAUUCCCCCUCUCCCAGCCUCCGCCUGCCCUGAGAUGUUCUCCAGAAGGAAGCCCCCUAGCCCCUGCCCCGCCUGCCCCAACGUGAUCACGCCGGACACGAUCCCCACCUUCUUCAUCCCUCCCAACUUGGCCAGCCUGCAGGGGCGGCUCUCGUGCAGGAGCGACAGCCCCGACGGCCGCGGGAUCCUGGCCCGGUCGGCCGAGCAGCACGUCAUCCAGGUGGAGAGCCCGGAGGAGGGGGAGGUCCAGGCCGUGGGGCGCCUCUACAGCACCUCCUCCAUGCCCCACCUCGCCAGCCCCGCGGGCUUGCCCUUCCUGCCCGAGAGCCCGCACACUCGCCGCCGAGAGUCCCUCUUCCACGGCGGACGCCUGCCGCGCCGGUUGCAAGGGGCCCGGUUCACUGCCCCGCCGACGAGGCCUUCCCUGCAGCCCGGUUUGAUGUUCGACAGCGACACGGCCUCCUCCACCGAGACGUCCCCUUUCAGCUCUCCCCUGCUGACGCGGCCUCUGAGCUGCCCUCCGUUCUGUCCGGCCUACCGGCAUCGCCGAAGAUUCGCCUUCUGCUCCAGCGACCUCGGCGCUGCCCCACGGCCCAGCUCCCUGUCCCCGGAGGAGACCAGCUCUGCCGACACCAGCCCCAGCUUUCCGCGCCGGGAGAAGGAUCCCCCCUGGGGCUCCCCUGCCCCGCUGCCGCUCUUCCCGCUGGACCUGAUCCGUUGCCACGAGCGGCUCACCAAGGAGGUGGUGCUGACAGUGAGCAAGGGCGGGCGGCUGAGGCUGUCCAGCGAGUACCUGCGGCCCCAGGGGCGCCUCCGCGUCCGGCUGGUGUGUGCUGAGGCCUUCUACCCUCCCCACUGCGACCCGCGACACUUCAGCUGCUGCGUCUCCUUGCAGCUGCGGCCCGGGGAAGGCCUGAGGCAGCGCAGCGCCGUCGUCAAGAGGAGCCGCAACCCCAUCUUCAACGAGGACUUCUUCUUCGAGGGCGUCUCCCCGGAGGAGCUGUCCAGGUGCAGCCUGAGGCUCAAGGUGCUCAACAAGGGCUCUGGCCUCCGGAGGGACGCGGUGCUGGGGGAGUGUGACGUGCCGCUGGAUUGCCUGCUGCCCUGAAGGGAGCGCCGGUGGGCGGGAAACUCAUUGACAGGAAGUCGCUGCUGUCGGCAGGAAGUCGGUUCAGUUGGCAGGAAUAGGCAUGGGCAACUCCCUGACAGGAAGUGGAUGCUGUCGGCAGGAAGUGAGUUCAUUUGGCAGAAGGAGGCAUGGGCAACUCCCCGACAGGAAGUUGAUGCUGUCGGCAGGAAGUCAGUUCAGUUGGCAGGAAGAGGCAUGGGCAACUCCCUGACAGGAAGUGGAUGCUGUCGGCAGGAAGUGAGUUCAUUUGGCAGAAGGAGGCAUGGGCAACUCCCCGACAGGAAGUUGAUGCUGUCGGCAGGAAGUCAGUUCAGUUGGCAGGAAGAGGCAUGGGCAACUCCCUGACAGGAAGUGGAUGCUGUCGGCAGGAAGUCACUUCCGUUGGCAGGAGGAGGCGUGGCUUCUCUUGAUCAGGGUCUUCCAUCUUAGCAAAGAGGGUCUUUUUGCCAGCCGGGUAGACCUUUGUAAGAAUGAAAGAAGAGCCUGGUUGCUGGAUCAGGCCCAUCCAGUCCAGCAUCUCACCAUGGGACACCCAAGGCCUGCGGUGGGAAUCCCACAAGCCCACUCUGCCGCCAUUGUGUCAUGGAAGACCUCUGGGCCGCAGCUGGAUGGGUCUUGUUUCAAAUCAAUCUGUGGACGGUGUGAAAAAACAGCUCUUCCUGUGUUUUGAGCCGCCGGGCUGCGUUUGACAACAACACACACACAAACACCCUGCAAAUAUUUCCGGGGGAAAGGUCUCAAAGUGGGGACUCUGGUUACCACAUCCAGGCUCAUGACUGGAUGCCAACAGCAGAGGGCGCUGUCGGGCUACACAUUUCAGCACUUGGGUGCCACCAACACAGCAGGACGGAAGGAAGAUCUGCAGUUUUUGAGGUGGCCAAUUGUUGGGGCACCAAGAGUGAGGCCCUCUGAGGCCCAUGGCACUGGCCUGACUGGUCCCUCAAUAUGAGCUGCUGGAAUCCUCUCCAAGCUUGAAAUGUGUAUUUCCAAGGUGACACAUUCCUAUAUUGCAGGGAAAACACACGCACUGGGGGCGGGGAAUACCCAAUAAUAAUAAUAAUAAUAAUAAUAAUUUAUUAUUUGUAACCCACCGAUCUGGCUGGGUUUCCCCAGCCACUCUGGGCGGCUUCCAAUAAAGACCAAAAAUGCACUAAAAUGUCACACAUUAAAAACUUCCCUGAACAGGGCUCCCUUCAGAUGUCUUCUGAAUGUCAGGUAGUUGUUUAUCUCCUUGACAUCUGGUGGGAGGGCGUUCCACAGGGCAGGUGCCACCACCGAGA